CCGAUGUUAUUUGGGGAAAGGUCAGAUGUCAAAUCAACAUGGCUUCGAUGGUCCAGGUUUUGCUGUCUGCUUGCAGACCAACUGCCCAUCUCUUCUACAGGAGAUGUACGGUAAAUGAUUUCAGAUCAGUGUUAAGGAAGUGCCACGGCUAUUAUUCUCAGCGAACCUGUGUUUUAUCGAGGGCAGCUCCCCGUCUGCCGCCUGGACUGAGAUCUCUGGUCGGAGGGACCACCGUGGCUGCCGGGGUCUUCGGACUUUUCUCUUCUCUGAAAGGGGAGGACAGUCAAGAAGCUCCGAAGGACGACGACAUAACCUUGAUGGUUAAACGUGCUAAACUUUUGAUGGACCAAGAUAAAAGCGCGGAAGCGGAGAUCAUCCUUCACCAAGCCCUGAAACUCUCCCAAGCACGGCAGAUUGACUACGCCACGGCCUAUGUGUACGACAUGCUGGGCGAACUGGCGCUCAAGAACGAGCACUGGAGUAAAGCAGAAAGGUUGUUCAAGGAAACCCUGAAAGUUCUGGUGUCCUCCGGAACUGACCAAGAUGACAACGCCGUUCUGGAAAUAUCUCUUAAGAUCGCUGGGAUCUACGGCAAUCAGGGGCGCACACAGCUGGCAUGGCAGGGCUAUCAGUGGUGUGUGAAGACCCUGGAGGAGAAGGUGGCCAACAAGGCUGCUGACGAGGAUACCAUUUUGUUGCUAGGUAUGUGUCUACACCACUAUGCUGCAUUUGCUGCUUUACAAGGACAACUGUUCCAUGCCAGGACUCUGAUGAGUAAGGCUCUGAUGAUCUGUAGAACUGUGCAGGGGAAUGACCAUCCACAGACAGGGGUUCUACUCAACGACCUGGGGACGAUGUAUGUGGAACAAGGAUUGUAUGAAGAAGGCAUGACCUGUUUUGAGGAGGCCAAGGCAGUGGCAGAACAAUUGUCUGUGGAAGACCUGCCUGCCAUCUUGUGUAACAUGGGAAUGACCUUAGUGCACCAGAAACAGUUCAAAGAAGCCAAGAAGACAUUAAAAGAAGCUCUAGCUCUUGCUAAGAAGAACCACGAUGGCCUGUCUAAGAAAGAAAUCUUACUGUGCUUAAAAGAUCUAGAGAAGGCUGAAAAUUCUGAAAAACUGGCUAAUGCAAAGAAGGAUGAUGAACAAUCCAGCUGAACACAUCAAAUUUUAAUAUCUUGACACAAAGAUUUUCUUUAACUAUUGUAUAAGUUCUUCA